GUCCUCGCCCUGGCAGAAAGUGAGGGGGGAGAGAAGAGCCUGACGGAGGCUGGAGCUGCAGAAGCUGGAACCGAUGUUUACGGCGGGCCGAGAUCUUCCCGGAUAACAUAAUGCCAGCUGAGCGUAAGAAGUCAGCCAGCAUGGAAGAAAAAGAAACAUCAUUAAGUAACAAAGAAAAGGAGUUUGGAGAGAGACGGUCAGCGAGCAGCCGGGACAGAGCCAAGGACGAUGUCAGGCUGGGCGUGAAGAGAGAGAUGCUAAAGCCAGCUGAAGAUAAAAAGAAAAAAGUGGAGGAGGAGAAGCGGAAGAAGGACGACAAGGAGUGGAAGAAGAAAGAUGAGGAGAAAAUAAAAUUGGAAGAGGAACAAAAGAGGAAGGAGGAAGAGGAAAAGCAAAAACUGGAAGAGGAAGAGAAGAAGAAGCAAGAAGAAGAGAUGAGGCUGCAGCAGGAAGAAGCAGCUGCCAAGUUGAAAGAGAAAGAAGAAGCCCACCAGCUGCAUCAGGAAGCUUGGGAGCGCCACCAAGCCCGGAAGGAGCUUCGAAGCAAGAACCAGAACGCCUCCGAAAACCGUCCAGAAGAUAACUUCUUCAGCAGGCUGGACUCCAGCCUCAAGAAGAACACCGCCUUUGUGAAGAAGCUCAAGACCAUCACCGAGCAGCAGAGGGACUCCUUAUCCCACGACUUUAACGGCCUCAACCUGAGCAAGUACAUCGCGGAGGCCGUGGCCGCCAUCGUGGAGGCCAAGCUGAAAAUCUCCGACGUGAACUGCGCGGUGCACCUCUGCUCGUUGUUUCACCAACGGUACGUCGACUUCGCUCCCUCGCUGCUUCAGGUCUGGAAGAAGCAUUUCGAAGCCCGGAAAGAAGAGAAGACGCCCAACAUCACGAAACUCAGGACGGACUUGCGCUUCCUUGCCGAGUUGACGAUAGUUGGGAUUUUCACGGACAAGGAGGGCCUGUCUUUGAUCUAUGAGCAGCUGAAAAACAUUAUUAACGCCGACCGCGAGUCUCACACCCACGUUUCAGUGGUGAUUAGCUUCUGCCGGCAUUGCGGCGACGACAUUGCUGGCUUGGUACCCAGGAAGGUGAAAAGCGCGGCGGAUAAAUUCAACCUGAGCUUUCCGCCCAGCGAGAUCAUUAGCUCAGAGAAGCAGCAGCCGUUUCAAAAUCUGCUGAAAGAAUACUUUACGUCUUUGACCAAACAUCUGAAAAGGGACCACAGGGAACUGCAAAACAUCGAAAGACAAAACAGGCGUAUUCUGCAUUCUAAAGGGGAAUUGAGUGAAGAUCGGCAUAAGCAAUAUGAAGAAUUUGCUAUGUCUUAUCAGAAGCUAUUGGCAAACUCUCAAUCUUUAGCUGAUCUCCUCGACGAAAAUAUGCCAGAUCUCCCUCAAGACAAACCGGUGCCAGAAGAACAUGGUCCUGGAAUUGAUAUUUUUACCCCUGGCAAAACUGGCGAAUAUGAUUUGGAGGGUGGAAUCUGGGAAGACGAAGAUGCCAGAAAUUUCUACGAGAACCUUAUCGAUUUAAAAGCGUUUGUGCCGGCUAUCUUGUUUAAAGACAAUGAAAAAUGUUCUCAGACCAAAGAUUCUGGGAGAGACGACUCGAGAGAAGUAAAAGAAACUAAGGAAAACAAAGAUAUAGCCGGCACUGAAGAUCUAGAACUGGAACUAGAAAAUUUGGAUAUUAAUGAUGAGACCCUUGAUUUAGAUUGUGGGGAUGAAGCAGAAGAUCUCACAAAAAAACUCCUUGACGAACAAGGCAAGAAACAGGGAGCAGAUAGCACCGGAGCUGAAAAUAGUGACGGAAAGCAAGCUGCAAGAAAACAAGAAGAUGAAGAAACCAGCACCGGAUCACACCUAAAACUUAUAGUUGAUGCUUUCCUUCAACAGCUCCCAAAUUGUGUAAAUAGAGACCUAAUAGACAAGGCAGCAAUGGAUUUUUGCAUGAAUAUGAACACCAAGGCUAACAGAAGGAAGUUAGUCCGUGCCCUUUUCAUAGUUCCUCGGCAGAGGCUAGAUUUGCUGCCUUUUUAUGCCCGACUGGUUGGGACAUUGCACCCCUGUAUGUCCGACGUAGCAGAAGAUCUCUGUUCCAUGCUGAAGGGGGACUUCAGAUUUCAUGUGAGAAAGAAGGACCAGAUCAACAUUGAGACGAAGAACAAAACAGUGAGAUUCAUUGGCGAGCUAACUAAGUUUAAGAUGUUUUCCAAAAGUGACACGCUGCAUUGCUUAAAGAUGCUUCUGUCUGACUUUUCCCAUCACCAUAUUGAAAUGGCGUGCACUUUGUUAGAGACUUGCGGGAGAUUCCUCUUCAGAUCUCCAGACUCCCAUUUGAGGACCAGCGUUCUUUUGGAGCAAAUGAUGCGGAAGAAGCAGGCCAUGCAUCUCGACGCGCGCUACGUCACGAUGGUGGAAAAUGCCUACUAUUACUGUAACCCUCCUCCCGCGGAGAAGACGGUGAAAAAGAAGCGCCCUCCUCUCCAGGAAUAUAUUCGGAAGCUGCUCUACAAGGACCUCUCCAAAGUCACCACUGAAAAGGUCCUGAGACAAAUGCGCAAACUGCCUUGGCAUGACCACGAAGUGAAAGAUUACGUGAUAUGCUGUAUGAUCAACAUUUGGAAUGUGAAAUAUAAUAGCAUUCACUGUGUAGCGAACCUUCUUGCCGGGCUGGUCCUCUAUCAAGAGGAUGUUGGAAUUCACGUGGUGGACGGAGUUCUAGAGGAUAUUCGAUUAGGAAUGGAGGUUAACCAGCCCAAAUUUAAUCAGCGGAGGAUCAGCAGCGCUAAGUUCCUCGGCGAGCUGUACAAUUACAGAAUGGUGGAGUCGGCGGUGAUAUUUCGAACUCUGUACUCAUUCACGUCGUUUGGGAUCAACUCUGAUGGUACACCGAGUCUCCUCGACCCCCCAGAGCAUCUCUUCCGAAUUAGACUGGUUUGCACCAUCCUUGACACCUGCGGACAGUAUUUUGACAGGGGAUCUAGCAAGCGAAAACUUGAUUGCUUCUUGGUCUACUUUCAGAGGUAUGUUUGGUGGAAGAAAAGCCUGGAUGUAUGGACAAAGGAUCACCUGUUCCCUAUAGACAUUGACUAUAUGAUCAGUGAUACAUUAGAACUGCUGAGACCCAAAAUAAAACUCUGCAAUUCUCUGGACGAAUCUGUUAGGCAGGUACAAGAGCUGGAAAGGGAAUUCUUAAUCAAACUAGGUCUUAUGAAUGACAAAGACUCUAAGGAUUCCAUGACUGAAGGAGAGAACCUGGAGGAGGAUGAGGACGAAGAGGAAGGUGGAGUAGAGAUUGAAGAACAAUCUGGAAAUGAAAGUGAAAUAAAUGAAGCAGAGGAGGAGGAGGGGUCUGAGAAUGAGGAUGAUGAAGGAGAAGAGGAGGAAGAAGAGAACACCGAUUACCUCACUGACUCUAAUAAGGAGAAUGAAACCGAUGAAGAGAACACGGAAGUAAUGAUUAAAGGAGGUGGGCUGAAACGGGUCCCGUGCGCCGAAGAUGAAGAUUUUAUUCAGGCAUUGGAUAAAAUGAUGCUGGAAAAUUUACAGCAAAGAAGCGGAGAGUCGGUGAAAGUGCACCAGUUGGACGUGGCCAUCCCUUUGCAUCUCAAGAGCCAGCUAAAGAAAGGACCACCUCUCGGCGGUGGGGAGGGGGAGUCUGAAUCCGGAGACACCAUGCCUUUUGUCAUGCUAACCCGGAAAGGCAACAAGCAGCAGUUUAAAAUCCUAAACGUGCCGAUGUCCUCUCAACUGGCUGCCAAUCACUGGAACCAACAGCAGGCCGAGCAGGAAGAACGCAUGCGGAUGAAAAAGCUAACCUUGGACAUCAACGAACGGCAGGAACAGGAGGACUAUCAAGAAAUGAUGCAGUCCUUGGCUCAGAGACCCGCUCCAGCCAACACAAACCGAGAACGGCGGCCUCGUUACCAGCAUCCCAAGGGAGCUCCUAAUGCUGAUCUCAUCUUUAAAACUGGUGGAAGGAGACGUUGAUCCAGCCGCAAGCGUCAUCUCAUUAGGUCCCGUAUCUCCAAUGUUGUGGAUUAGUGGAGUCCUCCAGCAAUUAAAACGAGAGCAGCGGACACAUCGGAGCAUGUCAGUCUCAGAGAGUUCAGAAAUCGACAGGCUGGGGCCGUAGAGCAGAUCCACCAGCCUCUAUUAAAAACAGAAAUAGUGGAAGCUUCCAGUCAUGACCUAUCAAAAACCAAAAGCAUCUUGUUAUGGAAAACAUGCGAGGGUUAAUCUUCUCAUGAGAAUGGAAGUCAAUAAAUGAGAUGGUUAACUUGACCGGUGAGCAGUUCAGUUACAACAAAAAAAAAGAGCAACUUAAAAAAAAUAAGAUGGAUUAUGCUGGAACAGAGACAAGUUUUGGUGGCUAGGUCUGGGGGAGAAAGGAAUCAAACUUAAAAGAGUGUCAUUUUCACUGAAUGACGCGCGACGGUAGUGCCAGGAAAAAGUUCUUUAGCAGGCCUGCAGACCUGCUUCUAGAGAAGCGAUACAACAAGGAGUAAGGAUUGAUUAGUCAGCCCCACCACCCAGGAUAAGCAAAACAGCAACUAAUUUACCAAAACGCGAGAUAUUUUCCUGGAAGACGGACAUUCGGAGAGGAAACCAGACAGUUCCAGAUUGCGUGUGUUUUGAGCGAGCGAGUGAAGGAAUCAAAAAGAGAAAGUGGCAAGGUCUCCUGAAGGUUACACAGAUAGAUGGGAAGGGGGAGAGAAAGAGAGAGAGAGAAAGCAUUGACCAAAAGUUGCUUUGAACAGCCUGACACCAGCCUAAAUCCAAGGGUCUAGAGGAGCUCAUUAAAGCAUCAUUGAAAACCAAAAUGUGCCAGUCAGCACGACAGACAGAUGCCAGGAAGUGGAGCUGAAUGUUCUGUUGACUUUCAUGGGUUGAUAAGCCUCUGUGUCUACAUAUUUAAAAAAGAAAAAAGAAAGAAAAAAAAAUAGUUGGCAGAAGUAGAAUUUUUAUUUUUCUAAAUUGAGAUAAAUCUUUUCUCCGGGCAGUUUCUGACAAUCUUGUUUGUUAGUAUAGUUGUGGGGGAUAUAUUUCUUCUUCUUCUUCUUUUUUCUCCUCCCCCCCUUUUUUUCCUUCCAAACCCUCCCCCCCUUUCUUCUCCUUUGCUUUCAUGUAGUUGUAGUACAUUCAAUUUAAGAAGACAUUCUGUAGGCGACUCGGAUUUCGUUUCGUUUUGUUUUCUUCGCUGCUUUAAAAAUUCUUUUUUUUCAUUUUUUUGACCGCCGUUGAGUUCUUGCAUGUAGGCUUUUAAAAUGAGAUUGUACGACUUGUAACAUUUCACAUUGGCAUAUACGGCGCGCACCGUCACCAAGGCCACACCUGAUCAUCACCAGCUUCAGAAAUCUGAUCUUUGCCGAUGCUGCAAUAAAGUGUUAUAAUUUA